GCGCAUUGAGACCCCGACGGACGUACUGUCGCGCGCGACCUCGGCGCAGAAUAUGUCAUCUGCUCACCCGAACGGAGCAGCGCCGACGAACGAUUGGCACAUCUUGUUCUUGACGUCGAGCACGAACGUCCCACCAACAUGUCCGAUCCCCUUCACCGCAGCCUCUACGCGCUCGCCAGCACUCCCAUUACGACCGUCGCGCCCGUGCCUACCGAGAGCCCCCGAGUCGACCCCGAUCGCUCAGCAGGAACUAAACAGGACAAUGUUCAUACAAAAUGUCGACUAUCUGCGAUCGAGAGCUACGCUGAGGAGGGGGGGAGAGAGGGGAACAAGCUCAGCGAUAAUUCCCCGAGCUUAGCAGCGGAGGCACGUGCGGGCUCCCUCGCCCUCAAGGACAAGUACCCAGUUGACAAGCCGCUGGGGUUACGCGCGAACCCCCUCGACGGAGAAGCGGUGCGCAGUGCCGACAUGGCCUUGGCGCAGGUUUUUAACUCGCCCGACGCGCGAAUUUUUGGCGUACUGACGCAAAAUGCGCUGAGGGCGCGACGGUCAGGGAGGGGACAAGGGUGGCGCUUCCGGCACAAGCUGCAGGCGGGGAAGGAGUUGUUCGAGCGCGUGUGGGAGACGGUGAAGAACCAGGUCGAGCUCGUGAUCGACGAGCACCGGAGGGUCUUGCUCGAGAAGGCGCUCAGUGUGAUCGAGCGGAUACCGCCACCCCUCCCGCGGGCGACGGGCCGUCGUAGAAAAUGCUGGAACUGGAAUCUGUGCGACGCGGCGUUUGGCGCGCUCACGCUCAACAUUCGCGAAGGGCGCGUUAGCGCGGAGCUGAAGAGCCAUGGCUUCAACUACGCGUACCGCCGCACGGCGACGACUGCGGCUACCCCCGCCUCUCCCCAUCCCCAGAACGCCGUGACGACGAACGUGUCGAGGCUGGCGCCCAAAAAGGGCCCGACGCCUGCACCGCCUGCAAACGACCGCCAAUUGCCCUCGCACCUCAAGUCCACGGGCCCGACGCCGAACCCUGCAAGCCCGGCGCCCGAUGCUAACAACAAGACCGACGGUGACAGCACAAAACCGGAGGGUAGCACCAGCACGAAGCUGACGACGCCCGCACCGAACGGCAAUGCGGCGGCGACGAGCCCGGCCGAGCGGGAGAAGGCGGAGGGCGCGAGCAAGGCCGAGGGCGCGUCCAAACCUGAAGGGACUAGCACGAGCAAGCCCGACACCGGCGCCUCCAAGCCCGACGCCCCAAAAUCCGACGCAGGCGAGGCGACGCUGUCCGCCGCGUCCCCCAUCCCGGACGACGAGCAGCUCAAGUCGCUGAGCGAGUCGAUGGGCGCGCGGACGCCCAAGUCGGGGCGGCCGCUGCGGAACCCGUGGACGAUCUUCUGGCGGUUGAUGAUCGGCACGAGCGAGGAGGACGUCAGGCAGUUUCUCGGGCCGGCGAGGGGCGGGAUCACGAAGGUCGUCUACCCGCCCACGGCGACGGGGCGCGCGCAACAGAUCAUCUACAUCGAGUUUGGCGACGAGGAGGCGAUGAAGGCGGGGUUGGAGCGGAACGGGGAGCUCAAUGUCGCGGGCGUUGGCGUGGGGGCGGAGCCGGAGACGUGUAGGACGGCGGGGAAGAUGCGGGACGCUGCCGCAUGCGCGCGAUACACGGUGUGUCGCCGACAGGGGCAGGCUCACAUUCGACUGCCGACUUUCAACUACGCCGAUUCGGGGUUCGGGAUCGCGACGCAACACGGCACAUACGACGCGAUGCUAGCACACAUGUGGGAGGGGCAGAUCAUGGCGGGACUCAGCUUCGUCCGCCCUGCCCUCGCUCUUGUCAUUCAAGGUGGCUGA